AUGUCGGAGAAAAAGGUAACUUUUAAAGACGGCAAAAAGAAAGAAGAUGAUGGUGAAAAGGAAGUAAAGAAGGUGACGUUUGGAGGCAGAGGAUCACGUAAGAACCAAUUUUGCAGCCCAACCGGAGUGGCGGUGUCAGAAUCUUCGGAAAUCUUCUUCGCAGACAGUUUGAACGAGCGAAUCGUCGUGUGUAACACCCGAGGCAAAGUCGUCCGUGUUUUCAACACUAAGGUGAAACGUCAACUAAUCCAACCACACGACGUUUCUGUUGAUAAGAACGGGCACUUGUGGGUUGUUGCGACUUUGUUUGAGGUGAAGAGAAAGGCGUAUAUCCGUCGGAAUAUGCUAGCACAGUUCUCAAAACAGGGUCGUUUUCUGACGAAGAUUGACCUUCCCCUAACUGGUGUCACCGGUGGGAUUGGCGUGAGAACCGACAUCGGGCAUAUACGCGUGCAAGCUACGUCAGAAGAAACGACUUCGAAGAAAAAGAAGAAGGGUGGUGAGACGAAAGAAAAUGAUGGACUUGAAAAAUUCACAAAUUCAGUAGAGGUGGUAGUCACUGACCAGCGCACGAGGAUGCAUGAAAGGAAAGGUUACAGUGAAAGUUGUGUGACAGUCUUCACCCCUGAGGGCGAGCCAGUGAAAGUCGUGGGGCCCAGAAACACAAGGAAGCCGACCGGCGUCGCAGUGAAUCAGAAAGGAGACCUGUACGUUACCGACAGUUGGCUGCACUGCGUCCAUGUCUUCAUGGAAGGCCGCGAAGUGACGAAGAAGUAUAAGAAGUUUGGAAGGUUCGGUAGCGGGGACGGACAGUUGGACUCCCCGCAUGGUAUCUGCUUGGACCUGAAGGGUAACGUCAUCGUGGUGGACAGGGGGAACUGGCGGGUGAGCGUGUUCGACAGCGAAGGCAAGUUUGUCCGGCACAUCAUGACGGACAUGCCGGACUUGUGCGCUGUGGCGGCAGGACCCAACUUUCUGGUGGUCACUUGUGUUGGCCAUUGUGGCACGGACACUGCUACUAUCAUUCCGUAUAGUAAUGAUAAAUGA